AUGAAGGAAAAGAUAGACGAAGAGGGUUCCAACGGAUCCAGUUCCAAGAAUAUUCUUGAUUUUGAGAACCUCUCCAAAGAUAAUUUGGCUCGUGGAUCAGAGGUGCAAGAACUUGAUUUUUUCAACCUGGGAAAAAACGUGGUGGGUUCUUCGUCAUCUAGCUGGGCUAUUAACGCUAACAACAAUGAAGGUAGAGAUGAAAAGAAUGAGGUAAAAACCUCGGAGUCCAAGAAUUUCUCUUGCAAUUUUUGCAUGAGACAAUUUUCUUCGGCACAAGCCUUAGGAGGGCAUCAAAAUGCCCACAAGCCUGAACGUGAACUUGCGAAGCGUAGACUAGAGCUUCACCAAGCUGGUGCUCUUUGUCAGCCUCAUUUUCCUUAUUACACUUAUCCAAGUCUUCCAACACCACCUUAUUAUAGCUCCUAUAACAAUGCACUUGGUAUUAGGAGAGAUUCCAUGAUUCACAAGUCAACUUAUCCUCACACCCCACCAGGUUUCAGGUUUGGUCAAGGGGCCACUUGGUCAGACAUGUUAAACAUUAUGCAACUUCUAGAUAAUUUGUUGCGAAAUGGGAUAAAGGUAUGA